AAAAGCGCUGUCGCCGUUUCAGAGAUGUCUCGCCGGGUAACACGGUCCAUGUCUAGACGGGAAUCCGAAAAGAGGACCAAAUCCCCAGCCGAUGUUACGGAGCACAAGACAAGUACUCGACGGCUACCAGCAGGCCGAGUACUACCGGCCCCUCGCACAGCCCCUAUCGAGAAUGAACACUUUGGGCUCAUACAAGAAAGUGUCGGCACUGACUUGUACAAGUUACUGGUUGCUGCCGUGCUCUGGAACCGUACUCGGGGUGUCCAAGCACGCCCAGUUCUCCUCAAGCUCAUAUCUGAUUACCCAUCACCAAACCACUUAGCCGAAGCAUCCAUUUCGCACCUUUCAGACCUUCUUCAUCCCCUAGGGCUGCAUAACUCCCGGGCCAGGCGGCUUGUGGCGUUUGCUAAGGCGUGGGUGCAGAAUCCACCUUCAAAGUCAAGGCGUUACCGGAAGCUACACUACCCCUCUCACGGGAAUGGCCUCGAUAUUCGCAAGAAUGAGGUCUUGACAGAAGAUGAUGAGCGUGAGGGAUGGGAGGUUGCGCAUUUGCCUUCACUGGGCCCUUAUGCUCUCGACAGUUUUCGAAUCUUCCAUCGAGACAUCCUCCGAGGUUUGGCCCAAGACUGGAAUGGCAAGGGAGCGGGGCCAGGAUUUGAGCCUGAGUGGAAAAGGGUGGCGCCUAUGGAUAAGGACCUGCGGGCGUACAUAUGUUGGAGGUGGCUGAAAGAAGGCUGGAUAUGGGAUGCAGAGACUGGCACGAAAGUCCGGGCAUCUAAAAAGUGA